UAAUGCGGCAAAGAAAACAGUGUAAAGUUUAUUAACCCUAGAUAUUGUGCUUUUUUUCCUUUGCGUGGAUUGUUUUAUUUAGAAAAUACUGCGUAUACAUUAAAAUGAUUACGUUUUUCUAUAAAAUACUUUUGUGUAUAGUAUUUAUUCACGUACUAGGAUAUGUGAGACCGUCGGUUGGCUUGAGUCGCCCGUCAACGAUGCUGUUAGACAACAAUGAGUACAAGAACGUUGUUAUAGCAAUACAUGACAGCGUGCCGGAAGACAAGUCGCUAAUUAAUGCCCUCAAGGAUACUAUGACGAAAGCAUCAAAAUAUCUCUAUACAGCUACAAGACAGCGAGCCUUUUUCAAGGAGAUUAAAAUUCUGCUUCCCUCAUCUUGGUCAAAUGACGCUUCGUACACCGUUCCUAAAACAGAAAAUUUAGCGUUUGCCGACGUCAUUAUUACAGAUCCAAUUAGAGGCAAGAGAAGUUUACCACUAGCAAGAUCGUAUGAAGGUUGCGGUAAACAAGGAGUCCAUGUGUUGUUGACCAAAGAAUUUCUAACAAAACCCCGUGUAGAGCCUUACUUUGGUGAUCCAGCAAAGUAUUUUAUCCACGCGUUUGCUCAGUUUCGUUGGGGCGUUUUCCAAGAGUACGCAGAGGAAGGUGAGCACGAGUUUUACAUAUCUCCGACAACAGGCCGUCCGGAGCCGAUCAAGUGUACCAUUAUGCUGAGAGGCCUUGUACAGAAAAACGAUUCAGCUCAUACUAUCUGUUAUUUACCGUCCCAAGCACAAAGCGCGCACGUGGUUGCAGCAGUUGAUAAUAAGACAGGUCUUUACGAGAAUGACUGCCAAUGGAGACCUUAUCCAACCAGACAGAGAACUAAGGCAUCGUUAAUGGACCACCAGUAUAUUGUAAACUUAGAAACAUUUUGUGACGACAAUCACACAAAUUACAUGACAGAGCACAACUACGAAGCACCUAGUAAGCACAACAGACUAUGUGGACACAGAAGCACUUGGGAUAUCAUUACAAGAACAGAUGAUUUUGGGAAUGGCAGAAAUCCUCCACGUGGUCUUCUUGAUGCUCAACUUGAACCAACUUUUAUACUGAUGAGAGCAACGUCUAGGAAACGAAGGGCAGCAAUUCUUGUAGAUCCAGCUUUAACAAAAAAGGCCGCUAUUCAACAAGCACUUGGUCAUUUAAAACAUGAAGCACACACACACGAUAUAGAACUGCUGGUAUUGAGGUUUGAAAACGAAAAUAUUUCUCACCACGCAUUACACUCUGUUGAGAGUAUCAGAUCGUUUUUUAGACACCCAUCUCACGGAGGAGAUUCACAUAAACUAAAACAUCAUAUUGAGAAGACUAAACAGACGUUAAAAGAAGAAGGAAAACUCAACGAUACACAUCUUAUUAUCAUGACACAUCAGAAACUACAUCAUGUGAAGAAGAUACUGGCUGAUUCAAAACAGAAUGGAUUAAAACUUUCAGCAAUAUCCAUUGAUACAUCUAAUGGAGUCAGCAAUCAAGAGGCAUUAGGUUUGCAUAGUGCAGGAAAAGCUGCUGGGCAUACACUUUUAGACAGGCUAAGAAAAGUCAUUCUAGAAGAAACGCCUAACACUGUUAUUAUAACUACGGAUGAACUGAAUUUAAAAGGACAGAAACCAGUAUCAAGUAAUGUUGACAUCGAUCAGACAUUAGUCAAUCGUAUAACGUUCGUUUUCCAUUAUGAAAACGACCAGCCGUUUAUCGACCUAAGGUCACCAUCAGGUGUCAUUUAUGGUGAAGAAGACGACACAUGUACAGUGGACAAUGAUGUUAGAGUGAUAAUAUUCCAUUUUGAGUUUACAGAGGUAGGCACAUGGACAUACAAAGUAAGACAGUCGUCGGAAAGUUUUCAGAAUGUUAGUUUAACCGUUAUAUCUGAAGAAAACAACAUGAAAUCAGACCCAGUUGUGUUACGGCAAUCAGUGAAACGUGCCGACGACAGAAACGUAUUGCUACUUAAUCUUGAUGUAACUCAAGGAUCUCAUCCAUUGUUAGACUUGAGAGUUAACGCUAAAAUAGAGUCACCAACAGAGGAAGAAUCGUAUGUACAGUUGUUGGAUAAUGGUGCAGGAGCCGAUAUUUCAAAGAACGAUGGUAUCUAUUCGCGUAUGUACCUUGCUCCAAGAUUAAAUGGAUCUUAUCACGUGACUUUUAUAGUUUCUGGUAAAUCUGGAGAGGUUCAACGGAAAGAGGAAACAUUUCAUGUACUAAAUGAUGAAAAUGCCCAUGUGAAGAAAGAAGUCACUAUUCAUUUAGUGGAUGGUAAUAUCCAGCGGCAAAUAUCGGGUGGAACAGUAUAUCUCGAUCGUGCGUGGUCAAACAUUACAUACAAUGAUGCCAUACCACCAUCAUGCGUUACUGACCUAGUAGCUGUGAAAUAUAUUUCAUACAGGAACACAAUUGUACUGAAAUGGACAGCCCCUGGUGAUGACCUCGAUCACGGAAAACCGUCUGGUUAUCAAGUAUUCAUAGGUUAUGAUGUUAGGAACGUUCGAAUGUUCUUAAACUUCAUUUCUACUGGAAGAUACUAUGGAAAUGGUCAUGUUGCUCGCGAAACGAUUGCCGCAAAGUCCAGUGCUACUGAAAAUGAGAUUGUUUUGUGGAAUGUGAAAGUUGUUGCAAAGACAUAUGUUUUCGCAGUUCGUGCAUUUGACGUUAAUGGUAAUCUCGGUGAUAUUUCAAAUGUGGCCACUACGGGUAUAUUUUAGAGACACAUGUGACUAUUAAGAUGUUAAACUAAUUAUAUGAUACAGUUAAACAUUGAACAAGUAGUUAAAUCUUUUAAUGAUGAUGAAUAUAAAUGCUGCUGUUUGAAAGUCUCAGAUGUAUAUAUUUCUCAGGUUAGCGGCUUUGUUUUGAUCUUUUUUUCUACCAUUAUUAAUGAUAUCAUUGCUCAGGAACCUUAUUUCAGGAAAGGUAGAUAAAAAUCUACAGACGUCCAAAAAUGUAUAUCAGCCAUGUCUUUAUUUUUUUCUAUAAAAGAAAACUGAGUCUUCUUAUUUUUUGUUUUUGUCUUAUAGCUGAUGCCAGUGUAAAUAAUACACAGUUUGCUUUUAUAUUGAAUGAACAGUGAUAUUUAGAUAAAUUGUUUUUAAAACGUAAUUUUCUUUUCUUUUUUAAAAUUCAACAGUGUAAACAUGCAGUAAAUACAUUUGAAACACGUACU